AAAAACGGUGCCUACGAACUGAAAGUCAUCUAUAAGGUUGAUGGAAGUAAUGCAUCGGAGUUCAAAAUCCCUCAGGGCUAUGUUCGUAAGACUGGGGAUCGGUAUGCGCUUCUGAGUCAUGAAGAUUUGCAGUUGAUCCCUGAUUCAAACUGGAAGAUUCCCAUUGAUCCACGGGUGUAUCUGGUUUACCCACAACCACUGAAUCUCAGCGAUACCAUCCAUCGCCUGCUUAACAACACACCGAUUGCAGAGGCUCCAAUAAAUGGCGGCGUCUUUCGGUACUUAGCGAUUAGUCGAGAGGUAUGCCAUCCGGAAAAUCCUCCAAGUCAUGCUUUUGACGUUGUUGUGGUAAUUAAGUCAAAUGUUGCCAGCUUCAAACGUCGCGAACUCUUUCGUCAUGUGUAUGGCAAUGUGAUAAACAGCAAUGCCUACACCAUUCAAGAUAUGCGAAUUGGACUCGUAUUUUCUCUCGGUGUUCCACGAACCCAAACCAACAGCAUUUUUAAACGCGGCACGCAUAACUUCAAACUCACUGAAAGUGGAAGUGAAAAUUUAAAUCCUCAAUCGCUUCGACAAAUCUCAAAAAAUUUGGUCGAAGAGAUGGCUACACACGGCGACAUGAUAGUGGGUGACUACGAGGACACCUACUUCAAUCUCACCCUGAAGACGCAUUACUCCUUCAUGUGGUUCUCCACUUUUUGUCGAAUUACUCAACCCAACGUUCUAUUCAUCGAUGACGAUGUUCCCUUCUCUCCACGAGAGCUUAUUCGCGUUCUCUCCUCCAUGUCCCAACAGCAAAGGCGGACCAUGUUCCACGGGAAGGUUGAGAGAAACGCGGUGGUAAUACGUUUUGGCUGGAAAAAGUAUCAGAAAUGGGCUUUGCUGAAGGAGGAGGCGCCAUGGCCACGAUAUCCAACCUACAUGCAGGGCAUAUACAUUCUAGCAGGAUUUGAAAAUGUUGAAAAAGUGGCGUUGGGUAUGCUCUUCACUCAGUACAUUCCAAUUGAAGAUGCCUGGAUUGGACUAGUGGCUACAAGGUUGAAUAUUUCCAUGAACAACAUCCACAAGUACAUGUCGAGAGAAAACAUGGUGAUCAAGAAGAGAUCCGCGUUUGAACCAGUUGACAUUAAGGUUUUCGUUAGAUGA